GCUGAGGCGGGAGGCACAAAGAGAGAGAGGGUGGGCCUUGGCGCAAAGGGCACGGCACCACGCUCUGAAAGCAACACUCUCAGGAACAACAACAACACUCUCAUAGCCUUGUGGGAUCAUCUCCGAAAAAUGAUCACACGGCACUGUGAAAGCGCUGCCGCUCCACUUUUAAUCCAACAGCUGCCUCUUGGGGAAUGCUGGGUUUGUAGUUGAGCAAGGCCCAAGGCCUCUCUGGCUGAGAGCUUUAGAAAACCUUCCCUAAACUGCAAAUCCCAGCAUUCCGCAGCCAUCAAAGCUAAAGCGGAUCAACAGCAUUCUCACAGCAUCGUGUGAUUAUAUCCUCAAGAGAUCAUCACACGACACCAUGAAAGAGCUGUGGUUCCCAGGAUCCCAUCACCUGGAGCUACGUCAGCUACAAUGGAGUCCAAGUGCAUUCAUUCCAAAGCGCCUUUGCCAGUUGAGCUCCCCCCCCCCCCCCGAUAUACCUGUGCAAACUCUAUGCCCCAAAGCCGUGGCAUUGACCGGAGCCCUCCGUCCUUGCACUCCUUCAGGGAGAAUGGCCCUUGGACAUCAUCGGUGGAGUCUUUUGAGAACGUCUGGAAGGAGAAGACACGGAUCACUUAGUGUUUGACCAUCCUGAGACAUUUUGGUGCCUGAGGCAGGGUGGCAGGGUCUCGCUCGCCAACACAUUGGGCAGGAAAAAUAAAAUAGCAUAGGGUUUAUAUUUUUUGCCUUAGAGGUAUAUCAAUCACCUGGGCUUACAAUGGAUGCUUUUAUGGUAUAGUUCACUGUGGCUUCUCAUGGAUGCCAACCCUACCAUGGGGUUCUCUGGGGCGGAGAGAGUGUGACUCCCCAAAUGUUUAUCUGGUUUACUUGUGUUAUAUUACUCAGUUGUUUAUUAUGUAUGUCUGGCAUUGAAUGGCUGCCAUUUUUUGUUGAGGGUUGUCCCAAGUCUUCAGUGGGAUCCAAAUAAAGUCAUUAUUAACAUGAUUAUUAAAUUCAGGUUUGGGGGGCUGAGCAGAGAUCCGAAACCACAUCUCCCAAGUCAACAGGGAUAUUUUUCCACUGGACAGGGACACAUUCCUACCGAAACGCUGGCCACCUCUUUUAGAGACGGGCAUUUGGGUGCCAUUGCUUCCGUAUUCUGCACCCUUGGCGCUCUUCUAUGGGAAGCCAGAUAGGGCUUUGCGUGUCCUUGCAAGGGCCUCCAACCCCUGCCAGGUGGGCAUUGGAGGGGCACAGCUCUGACGCCUUUGCUAGAGGGCAGCGGCGGACCCUGGCAUGAGUGGGUGAAAGCUCACCUUUUUUUGUGUUUUUUUGAAUUUUUUUUUUUUUGGCCUUGACACCACCAGAGCUUCACAUCCCUCCACGGGUCCCUUCUGGGGCGAAAUGGGACCUUCCUGUGCCAGGAGCAAAAGAGAGAAGGGUGUCAGGGGGUGGCAACAAACCCUGGCACAACCAUUCCCAACCGUGACCCUCCAGGUGGACUCCCAACUCCCAAAUGAGCGGAGGUCCACACGAGGAGUCUGGGAAGACCCCUGCUCACGAGAAGGUGCCAACCUUGGGACAAAUGCCACCACGCCAGCCCUGCCAUCCCUCCCUCCCACCCUCUGCCCAAGCCUAAGGCGUCCCAGUGCCAGGGGGUCCAUAGGAAGCGUGGCAAGGUCCUCCACCGCCCGGCAGUGCCCCCUUUGUGCCCCUUUGGUGCCCACCCACCCCACGGGGCUCCUGCCCUGGGCUGCCUCCUCCUGCUCUAUGGAAUGGAGAGCUGAAGGGAGGAGGGGGUGGCUGUUCUGAGCCCAUCGCCCGGGCAACCCCGAGGGCCCCGAUCCAUUGUGACCCAGGUGGUGCCAGGAUGAGGAGGAAGGAGGACGAGGAGGAGGAGAGGAAAGAGGAGAAGGAGGACGGGGGGCCCCUCCCCGGGAGGCACGUCCGCCCCACCGUCACCUCCUUCCAGCCCUCCGGACCCCAGGAGCUGGUGCUCUACAGCUUGUUCCAUACGGGCGAGAGUGCCGUCAAGCGCUUCCUGCCCAAGAGCCACCUCUCCAAGGUGAUCAUCCAGGACAACGCCAGCGUCCAGCGGGUGCAGGACAUUAAGCUCCAGCACCUGGAGAACAGCAAGCGCAAGGUGGGCAGCAUGCUGGACCACAUGAAGAAGACCUUCCUCCACGACCAGCAGAAGAAGAUGGCGCGCUGGCGCAAGGAGUACCAGCACUACCAGCGCAUGCUGGAGAAGAUCGACCAGCGGGCCCAGGCCAAGGAGCACCGGCACAGCUUCUCCGCCCCCGAGGCCCCCAAGGCCCCCUUCGGCGAGUGGGAGGAGAAGACCCCCGGAGAGGCCCCGCCGCCCAAAGAGAAGCCGGCCUCUCUGUAGAGCCUGGGAGGCCCUCACAAGGCCCGCGGCCUCCCCCCCCCCCCCGCCUUCGGGGCCAUUCCUCCCCAUUGAGAGAGCGUGGCUCCUCCCAAGCACCACGUUUGUUUUCCCACAUUAAAGCAUGUGAGUCUAGUUUGCCAUAA